AUGGCAAGUAAGAAAAUUAUAGAACGUGCCAGAGCCGCUCUACUCGACACCGACGAUCUUCAGUUCGACGAAGAUAGCGAAAUUGAGGAUGAAGAAUACACCGAUGAAGAGAAUGAUGAUGAGAAUGGAGACGAAAAUGUAGCAUCAAAAAAUGGUGAAAAUGAUACAGACCAACACGAAAAGGAAGGUGAAAAGGUGUUAGCGACCAAGUCCGAUAAGAAGGACCAACCCAAAGGCAAGAAAUCAUCCAAGGGCGUUGGUAAGAAGGUAAAGGGUUUUAUUAACGCCGCAGCGGAUCCAUUCGGCAUUCGAAAAACCGAUUGGAAGUUCGGCUUAAAUCUAGGCUUCCAGGCAUCGAGCCAGAAAGAUCGUGGCGAGAAAGGAACGGAUGAUAACGAUGGAAAUCCCAGUAAUACGGUGAGUGGUGAGCGGUCUAGUGUUGUGCCAAUAUCACCCGAUGCGAAGCGACUUAAAAUUUUGGAAAAAGAAAAUGUGUCGCUGGAAAAGCUGGCCAACAAAUAUCUCGAUGGAUGCAUCCAAUUGAGGCAAAAAGUUGCCGAAUUUUCUAAGGUGGAGGAACAGCUCACUGCGGCGCAAGCUGAUAAGGAUAUUCUCAAAGCAGAAUUGCUUCAACUUAAAAAACUUCAUCAAGACUCCAAAUUGAAUGCGGAAACACAAAACACGAAACAUCGGAACGAAGUAACGCGACUGAAUUCAGAGCUAAAUCUUGCUAACGAAUCACUCGAAAAGAUGAGAAUAACGAAUGAAAAGCAAUUGAACGAAAUGGGUCGAUUGAAAAAAGAGUUGGAAACUAUGGCAAACGAAAAAAAGGACUUGGUAAAACAAUUCGAAAAUACGGAAACAUCUCUGCGCUCGGAAGUGAAGCAACUAAAAGAGGGCUUGCAAAAGGCAGAACAGGAAAAAGCCGCACAAGCUGAGCUUAUUCUUGAGAUUCAAGCUAACACGCAAAAGGCAGAAGCCCAGAUCAGUGCAUCCAACACAAAGAACAUGGAACUUGAACAAAAACUGCGAGCGACAGUAAAUGAAAGAAACAGCAGCAACUCACUGUUAGAAUCGUCCAGAGCAAAAAUAGUGGAGCUGAAACGUGCGAUACAGAUCCUGGAAUCGGAUGCCUCUACAACGACUACGGCUCAAACUCAAAGUGGUGGAACGUUCUCCUGUCCCAUAUGUGGCGCACAGUUCAGCAGCUUGGCGAAUAUGCAGCUCCACGCAGAGGAUUGCGAUGGGUGA